AUGAAAAGAUAUUCUGGAAGCCUUGCUGCAAUGAGUAUGGUUGGUCAUGUCCUGGGACUGGGUGACCGACAUUUAGACAACAUUCUGAUUGAUUUUUGUGGUGGGGAUAUUGUACAUAUUGAUUACAAUGUGUGUUUUGACAAAGGACAGAGACUAAAAAUUCCAGAGAUUGUUCCUUUCCGUCUUACCCAAAUGAUUGAAGCAGCUUUAUGGCUGACUGGAAUAGAGGGUAGCUUCAGAGAAAACUGCGAGGCAGUUAUUGGCAUUCUAAAAAAGAACAAAGACAUACUUUUGAUGUUACUAGAAGUGUUUGUCUGGGAUCCACUUGUGGAGUGGACACGGGGUGAUUUUCAUGAUGAAGCUGCAAUUGGUGGCGAAGAAAGGAAAGGCAUGGAGUUGGCUGAACACCAUGAUCAGUUACUGACUAGCCUGCCAGCUGUUGAAUCUAUACUUGAGAGGUUUGCUGAAGCUCUAAACCAAUACGAGAUUGCAUCUUCCAUAUACUCUCGAGCUGACCAAGAGAGGUCGAGCCUUACAUUACACGAGACAUCUGCUAAGUCAAUUGUUGGUGAAGCAACCCAUAAUUCAGAGAAAAUCCGGGCUUCAUUUGAAAUCCAGGCUCGGGAAUUCGCUCAAGCUAAGACUAUGGUUGCUGAGAAAGCUCAGGAGACAAUGACCUGGGCUGAGCAACAUGGAAGGAUUCUUGAUGCUUUACGAUGCAACUUAAUCCCAGAAAUAAAUUCUUAUGUUAAGCUGAGUAACAUGGAAGUUGCCUUAUCUCUUACGUCUGCAGUUACUUUAGCGGGCGUUCCACUAACUAUUGUUCCUGAGCCAACACAAGCACAAUGUCAUGAUAUAGAUAGGGAAGUUUCUCAAUUCAUAGCUGAGUUGGAUGAUGGACUUACUUCAGCAAUAAAUUCUCUACAAGCAUACUCCUUGGCGCUGCAAAGAAUCUUACCAUUAAAUUACCUUUCAACCAGUGCGGUGCAUGGCUGGGCCCAAGUUCUUGAAUUAUCUGUCAAUGCCCUGUCAUCUGAUAUUCUCUCUCUUGCCAGAAGGCAGGCUUCUGAACUUGUUGCAAAAUUUCAUUCUUCAUGUAGAUAACACUGAUUCUAUCAAAUGCAGUCAUGAUGAUCUUUGUUUUAGAGUAGAGAAGUAUGCUAUGGAAAUAGAAAAAUUGGAAAAAGAGUGUACUGAAAUAGAAAGUUCUAUUUGCUUAGAAUCAGAAUCAAUAACUAAGGAUCAUCUUUUGUCAGCUUUCAUGAAAUUCAUGCAGUCCAUUGAUCUUUUGAAAAGGGAAGGUGGAAUGUCUUCUCUUCAAUCUAGAUACCAUGGGAAAAACAGUACUAGACUCUUAGGUGAGCUAGAGGAGGAGAGGGAGAAAGUACUAACAAUUCUAAAUAUUGCUCUAAGUUCAUUUUAUAAUGACGUUAAACAUAGAAUACUCAAUAUAUAUAGUGAUUUGUCUGGAGGAAGAAAUCUAUAGAAACUGCAUUGGAACAGGUUGUGGAGGUUGAAAUGGAGAGAGCAUCACUGUUUGAACUUGAACAGAAUUAUUUUGUUAAGGUUGGUCUUAUUACUGAGCAGCAACUGGCUCUUGAAGAAGCUGCAGUUAAAAGCAGAGAUCAUCUUUCAUGGGAAGAGGCAGAGGAACUUGCAUCUCAAGAAGAAGCUUGUAGAGCACAACUAGACGAACUUCAUCAAACAUGGAGUCAGAGGGAUGCAAGGACUUCUUCACUUAAAAAGAGAGAAGCUGAUAUUAAAAAUUCUCUGGUUUCGUUGAAUAGUCAAUUUCAAUCUCUAGUUGGUGUGGAAGAAGAAAGCGAACUACAUAUAUAUUUUGAGAAGUAAAGAUAUUUUAAGUGAAUGUUAAACUAUUAUAUUGAUUAAUCGUAACUGUCAUAUUUUGAAUUGUGUUUGACUUCUUAGUCAUUAAUGUUAAACUAUUAAAAAUUACAAUGUACCAGUGCUACACAUUACUACAUUACAGUAUAGUGUUUUCUCCUUUCUAUCCAAGUUAGUUUGUCUCAUAAACAAAGUCCAAAUUAGUUAAAGUCUACUCUAGUCCCUAAAAAAAUUGAAGUAAUGAUGGUAUUUACAUAUAGUUUGUAAUUUUAACCAACCCAAAUUAUCUACCUAGUGGAAAC